CUCGGGUAGAGUUUAACUACAGUUCACGGAGACUCCAUCUUGAAUCAUAUCCAGGCUGAGGAUGUCGUUUGAAUCAAUAAAAAGUGUAUGGAAAAUGACGACACUUUUUGUACUCGUGUUGGUUUUCCAGAGUGUUUUGUGUUUCUACAUGGUCUAUAUGGUGGAUAUAUGGAAAAUUAGGUACGCGCUUUCGGGUCAAAGGGACAAUUGUGAAACUCAGCCAACGCGGAGAACUGUUCAGACCCUUCCUACAGAGUCUGUCAGCUUCCCGGCAAAAUCUGCCAACAGAACAGACAACUCUCAAGUCAGUGCCGUCUGCUCCAGUCUGAUCGCGGGUGAUGCUUCUGAAAUGAAUCGAUCUGUGGACUACAUGCAGAGACACCCGAGAAGACAUCUGAUGCCAGAAGCAUAUCCAGAUUACACGAAGAACUGCAGCGCUUUUGUAAAGCAGGCUGGGUUCAUUACGAAGGCUGCUUCCAAGGAAGAAGAGGACUUCCCAAUCGCCUUUUCCAUCAUGGUCUACAAGCACGCGGAGCAGGUAGAGCGACUUCUCCGCGCCAUAUACCGUCCUUACAACGUGUACUGUGUCCACGUAGAUAAAAAAUCGCCGGACGUCUUCAUGGACGCUAUGAAAUCAAUCGCCAGAUGCUUACCUAACGUGUUUAUUGCGCCCAUCUCGCUGGACGUACAGUGGGGCGAGUACACGGUCCUGGAGGCGGACCUUAUCUGCAUGGACAGUCUACUGCAGAGAAAGGUUCUCUGGAAGUACUUCAUUAACCUCACUGGUCAAGAGUUUCCGCUCAAAACCAACUACGAGCUUGUCCAGAUACUGAAGAGGUACAGAGGAGCUAACGAUAUAGCAGGCGGAUACAAAGGCACCUACAAGUAUCGCUGGAAAGAUAUCGAGCAUGUGCCUUACGGAAUUAUUCCGAAGAAGGGUCCCGUUCAUAUCACAGCGUCGCGAGGUUUCGUGGAGCAUAUCAGAAGAAACAAGAAAGCUUUGGAUUUUCUCGAGUGGGUUAAGGGCACGGAUGUACCUGACGAGACGUACUUUGCAUCAAUGAAUUAUAACCCACACUUAAAGAUUCCCGGUACCUACAAAGGUGAUGUAAGUCACCACCGUCCAGCGUGGUUUACACGUCUUAAGAUUUGGGAAGACUGGGCCAAACCUUGUUUCGGCAAGUUUGUACACCAUAUAUGCAUCUUCGGCGUUGGAGACCUCCCCAGGCUGACCACGAUACCGCACCUUUUUGCCAACAAGUUCCAUUACGACUUCCAGCCUCUAGUUCUAGACUGUCUUCAGGAGUGGUACUUUAAGAAGGUGGAGGCAGAGCAGAAUGGACGGUUACAGUUUGAUACGUCAAUGUACAAGCGUAAACUGUUUUAUUUUGAUAAACGCGCGUGGUGACCAUAAUAUCAGGUAGUGUACACAGACUUUCGUUUUUGAAAAACCCAGGAGAGCUCAAAAUCGCACACUUCAAAAUGCUUACGGUAGGGGUGGAAAUCACACUCCUCAAAAUGCAGAGGUGGGAAAAAUCGCACCCCUUAAAAUAAUCAGAAUCAGAAGCAAGAGACCGAGAGGAAUUGCACUCAUGAAUAUGAUUAAGUUUGAGGAGCUAUAGUUUCUAAAUUAAAUAUCUUAAGGGUUAAUGUUUUGUGUUUUCAAAACAAAUAUCCCAAUUUAACUAAUAUGAUGGUUGUUCUCAAAGAUGGAAGGAAUGGGUCAUUGCAGUCUUACACAAGAAAACGAAACACCAUGAACACAACAUUUGUCGAUUUCUUAUGUAUUAUAUGCAUUAAAAUUCUGAAUCAU